AUGCUUCCAUUCCUGGGCAUCAUCGGUCUCAUACUCGUUAUCACACUCACUGUCCUUUUACCGCAAAAUUUCCAACCCAUCGAAAUCCCCGGAGCGGACAACAAUCACAAUUAUGAAGUCGCCGUCUCCCACUUCCCCUUGACAGAUUCCACAAAAAAGGACCCUUAUCACCCGGAUGAAGACCGCAGGAUCAUGAUCAGCCUAUUCAUGCCUAUACCCAGGACGCGGUGUUCUGCAUUGAGCCAGCAGGAUUAUAUGCCGCCGCAAACCGCGAAGAUAGCAAACGAGCAGUUCAUUGAGGGCAACAAGCGUGACGCAGGUGUCUUCGAAACCAUGACCUACUCGUCUUGUAUCAGCAGCAGCAGCGGCGGCGACGUCAGCAAAGUCCCCGUGGUGAUCCUAGAACCACACGUCGACACUAGCAGGUUGAUGUACUCAACAAUGGCGCGCUAUAUUGCCGCCAAUGGUGCUGCGGUUGUAGUCGUUGAUCACCCUGGCGACGCGUCAAUCGUCCAGUUCACCGAGUCUCGUACCCGCGAUCUGGAGACUGUGUAUAACAGCGGCACGAUCCCCCUAUCCAACCUCUCUCCCCUCACAGAGUAUAACCAAACGGUGCAAACCGCGGUCUCUACACGCAUCUCCGACAUCGCUUUCACACUUUCGCGAAUAAACAGUUCCGCGUUACUCACGCACCAAUUCUGGGACUUACACUUCACGGGUAGUCUAAACACAGACACCUACGGUAUCAUCGGCCACGGUCUCGGCGGCACAGUCGCAACCUCCCUCAGCCUAUUCCCAAAUCUCCUCUCCGCCACCAAGUCUCCCACCCCAAGAUUCAGCAUCAACCUCUCCGGCACACCCCCCUUGCUAUCAAACGACACCCAAAACGCCCCCCUCUUCUUCUUCGGCCGCGCGGACUUCCGCCGCGAACACGAUAUAAACUGGCCCACCACCUGGAGCCACCUCACCGGCCCAGCCACGGAAUUCGAUCUCGACGACUCCGCCAUCUUUGAUGCCUCUGACCUCCCCCUCAUCGUUGAGCUUGCAAGUAAAGAGGGCGGGAAAACGGGCCUCGUUGGCCGGGGUUUGAGUAAGGCGUAUCCGGCGGAAGGGGCCAGAGCAGUGAUUUGCUUUUUGGAGAAUAUCGUUAAAGAGAUGGUGGGGUUGGAGGGGCAGGGGAGGAAUGUAGGCAACUGUAUUAGGGGGUUUGGGGGGGUUAGGCCGUAUCCUGGGUAUGGGAGGGGGAAGGGGAAAUGA